ACCGAUACGAAUCUCGAAUCUGCACUCGCCCUUUAAUUUCCUUUUACACGUUGCGCCUCAGAUACCAAAGGUUCGGAGCGAAGUGCACCUAGGCUCAGGGCUCAAACCAGCCCUUCAUCGCCUUACCUCGCCUCGCGCCAUUUAAAACACAGCCAGGAUUUCCUCCAACACAUGGCUGAAGAUCAACGUCGUUAUGAUAAUAUCAAGAUAAGUAAUUAGUAACGUAUGCAUGACCAACUCUACACUCGUUUGGUGUUUAACAUUUGGUUUCGAACUUAUGCAAUCUAGUUAACAAUUUUUUAAACUAAUUAACACUUGCCUUCCAAAAACGUGAAACUCUUUAUGCAUACUAGUUAUUAUGAAGAUUUCUUUAACUAGCUACCACUUGUUAACUAAUAUUUUUGUAGUUUAACAUUUUCAGUUAACAAGAUUAACUAAUCAAUCUCCUAUUGUUUUGUUUGUCAUGUGUUAGCCAAGUGAGUUAGCCAACUAAUAUUUCUUGUCAUGUUUCUUAUCAUAAACAGAUGGAUUUUUGUCAUGGUUUUAUUUAAGGCGUUUUAUUUUUUGUUUGUUUGGGAUUUGAUGUCAAAAGAGAAGAACAUUAUAGCCUUAUAGGAGUUUUGAAAGAAUAUAACAAACAAAAGGGCGAAAUUGAGAAUAUUUAUAAACUUUAAGCUGUUCAAUGCAAUUAAUCCAAUUAUCUCCGCUUCCUUCAGUAUCUCACUCGUCAACCUUACCAAAAUCUCAGCACUUGAUGAUUUUCCGGCGAUUCUCCGGGAGAGUUUUGCCGGCGGUUUCUUACUCUUAUAAACCUCGAUUCGAAGCUAACCGGAGUUUUCGAUCUGAUGCGGCGCUCGAAGCCAUAGCUAAUGCGUUGGAAGAGAAAGUACCAAACUUAGUGCUAUACAAUUAUCCUUCUUUCUCCGGCGCAUUUUCUGCUCUCUUCGCUCAUCGCUACCACUCUCGCCUCCUUCUUCCCUGUCUCAUCUUACCCUAUUCUUCCAUCGUACCCUUUAGGGUUGAGGAUCUGUGUUUGGAGGGGUUCAAGAGGUGUUAUCUGCUCGAUUUUGCUGUUUCAAAAGACUUUGCUUGCCGGAGUACAGCUUGCGAGAUCAUAUGUUUUGAUCAUCGGAACUCGGCAUUUACAAGGAUUGGCUCGAUAAAGGAAGAGCAUAAGAAGAGGCUUAAGAUUAAAGUUGAUACUGAAGUGAGUAGCUCAAAGGCUGUGUACAAGUACUUCUCCAGUAAACUCAUAGAUCAAACAUCUUCCGAGGUAGAAGCUCCUAUUUUGCUAAGUGUAGAAGACGAAGCUCGGAUUGAAUCAGUUCUUGAUUACAUUGAAGAUAUUGAUCUUCGACGAUGGAGGUUACCAGAUAUCAAAGCUUUCAGCUUCGGUCUCCAGGAUUGGCGUUCAAGGAUCAAUUGUAUCACCAAUCCUUACAUGUACGAACAGUUGUUAAAAAUGAGUUCGGAGGAUCUCAUUGCUUAUGGGAAUUCAUAUCUUUCAUCUCGGCUUACUGAUGCAAAGAAAGUGCUAAAGUUGAAUAAGGUUUCCAAGAUCAGAUUGGGAAGAGGGCUAUAUGGAGAGUGUUUGGGGAUUCGCGCAGAUGGUAACACUCAACUAAGUGAUGAACUUGGCAAGUUACUUAGUCUACAAAGUUCUGUAGCUGGUCUAAGGCCAAUAGGAGCUGUUACAUAUAUGCAAAGGAACAAUCUGAAAAUGUGCUUGAGAAGUACUGAUGAUAUAACUGAUACAUCUGAAGUUGCCAAGGCUUAUGGAGGAGGUGGAACAUCUAGUUCAAGCUCAUUUAUCAUAAGAAUGGAUGAAUAUAAUCAAUGGAUUUCGACGAAUCCACCAUGAAAACACUCCUCUGCGUCUGCGACCAAUCUAAAGGCCAAGUCUCUGAAAUUAGACGCCAAAUUCAAGACUCCAGUGACAAGUUUGGUCAUCAGAGAGGGUUGUUUUAAAGAAGGAUCAACGAAGCACUCAUUUCCUUUCUUGAGCCGGUUUUGUUCGUUGUACAUAAACCGAAUAGCAUUUUGGAUAACUCUUUGGUAAUAAAUUUUGGUUAAGUUUGGUCUA